AUGGCCAAGAAGAGUAAACUUCUGGCGGCCUUGGACCGACACAAGGGACGGGACUACGAGGCCGAGAAGAGACAGAAACUUGUCAAAGCAGCAGAGAAGCGCAAGCGCCAGAAAGGCCAGAUACCCGGAGACCAUGAGGAAUCAGAAGGGAGCAUACCGGAUGAAAGCACCGGUGCGAGGCUCGACGAAGAAGACAAGGAGAACUUCGCAUCCUUCUCUGACGAAGAGGAAGACACCACUGCGGCCAAGGGUGCAAGCACAUCAUCAUCUACCAUCCCUCAACCUCCUCUCCCCGUUGACGCCUCGGCGUCCGAAGCCGAAGACGAAUCCGACGUGCCCCUCUCCGACCUGGAAGACGAAGACCUCGAAGACACGAUCCCGCACCAACGCCUGACCAUCAACAACGGGCCCGCGCUUAUCGCGUCGACGAAGCGUGUCGCUCUGGUCAAGGAUCCCGGUUCCAAGUCUACCCCUUUCCACAUGCACAACUCCCUGAUAUCGCAGCUCCCGUCGACGGAGACGUCGAUCCCAGACCCGAACGACGACCUCACGCGCGAAUUGGAGUUCUACCGCAUCGCCCGCGACGCCGCCGUCGAAGGACGCGCCCUGCUCAAAAAGGAACACAUCCCCUUCUCGCGGCCGGCUGACUACUUUGCCGAGAUGGUCAAAUCGGACGAGCACAUGGGCCGCGUGAAGAAGAAGAUGUACGAUGAUGCCGCAUCCAAGAAGGCGGCCGAGGAGGCCCGCAAGCUCAGGGACGCAAAGAAAUUCGGCAAGGCCGUCCAAGUGGCGAAGGAGCAGGAGCGCGCCAAGGAGAAGCGGAACACCCUUGACAAGAUCAAGGAGUUGAAGAGAAAACGAAAAGGACAAGAUACAGGCAAGGUCGUCGAGGACAGUGAUCUCUUCCAGAGUAUCGAUGUAGAUAGCGCACCUACAAAGGACCGCUCUGGCCGUGAACGAGGUGCGGGACCCAACGGACCUCCGAACAAGAGACAGAAGCGCGAUCAGAAGUUUGGAUUCGGAGGCAAGAAGAGGUUCUCCAAAAGCGGCGAUGCCAUCAGCAGCGGGGACAUGCGAGGCUUCUCGGCGAGCAAGAUGAAAGGAAAGCCAAAGCGACCAGGCAAGAGUAGAAGAGCCGCUGGACGAUGA